GUUGCUAAGACUGUGCGGCGCCUGAGGUGGCGGGAGUUAGUUUUGGCAGCCAGCGCCCGAGAGACGUCGAGGGUCAACAUUGCAGAGCUGGAAGGAGAUGGUGAAGCAGACGAUCCAGAUAUUCGCGAGGGUGAAACCCCCUGUCCGGAAGCACCCACAAGGGAUUUACUCCAUAGACGAAGAUGAAAAAUUAAUACCUAGCUUGGAAAUUAUUGUACCACGUGAUUUGGCAGAUGGGUUUGUGAAUAAUAAGCGAGAAAGCUACAAAUUUAAAUUUCAAAGAAUUUUUGAUCAGGAUGCAAACCAAGAGAUCAUUUUUGAAAACAUUGCCAAACCAGUUGCUGAGAGUUUCCUGGCAGGUUACAAUGGUACCAUCUUUGCAUACGGGCAAACAGGCAGCGGGAAGACAUUCACUAUCACAGGGGGUGCAGAGCGUUACAGUGACCGAGGCAUUAUCCCAAGGACACUGUCAUACAUUUUUGAACAGUUACAAAAGGACAGCAGCAAAAUAUAUACAACGCACAUUUCCUAUUUGGAAAUCUACAAUGAAUGUGGUCAUGAUCUUUUGGAUCCAAGACAUGAAGCCUCCAGUUUGGAAGAUUUGCCGAAAGUGACAAUAUUGGAGGACCCUGAUCAGAACAUUCACCUGAAAAACUUAUCUCUUCAUCAGGCAACCACAGAGGAAGAAGCUCUGAAUUUGCUCUUUUUAGGAGACACCAACCGAAUGAUUGCAGAGACUCCUAUGAACCAAGCUUCAACCCGUUCCCACUGCAUUUUCACUGUUCAUUUGUCAAGCAAAGAACCAGGAUCUGCAACUAUACGACAUGCCAAACUUCAUUUGGUUGACCUGGCUGGUUCGGAGCGAGUUGCAAAGACUGGAGUAGGGGGCCAUCUUCUAACGGAGGCCAAGUACAUCAACUUGUCACUACAUUACUUAGAGCAGGUUAUCAUCGCUCUUUCAGAAAAGCAUCGUUCGCACAUCCCUUAUAGAAACUCCAUGAUGACCAGUGUCCUAAGAGACAGUUUGGGAGGGAACUGCAUGACAACUAUGAUUGCAACACUCUCUUUAGAGAAAAGGAAUCUUGAUGAGUCUAUAUCUACCUGCAGAUUUGCACAGCGAGUGGCACUCAUAAAGAAUGAAGCUGUUCUUAAUGAAGAAAUUGAUCCUAGAUUGAUAAUUAAACGCCUACAAAAGGAAAUCCAGGAACUGAAGGAUGAGCUGGCCAUGGUCACUGGGGAGCCGAGGACAGAGGCACUCACAGAAGCAGAGCUCCUUCAGCUGGAAAAACUAAUAACAUCCUUUCUGGAAGACCAGGAUCCAGAGAGUAGAUUAGAGGUUGGCGCUGAUAUGCGUAAAAUUCAUCACUGUUUUCAUCAUUUAAAGAAACUAUUGAAUGACAAGAAGAUCCUUGGAAACAGUACAGUCUCCUCUGAAAGCAAAGACCAAGACUGUCAGGAACCAUUAAAAGAAGAAGAAUAUAGAAAGCUACAAGAUAUUCUAAAGCAGAGAGAUAAUGAAAUCAAUAUCCUGGUCAACAUGCUAAAAAAAGAAAAGAAGAAAGUUCAGGAGGCUCUCUACUUGCCUGCCAAGGGUAGACAUGAAUUCAGACACUCCCAGAGCCCACCCUUCCCCCCGGGAAACCCAGAAGAAGGCCAAAGAAUGCUGCUAUCCUCAGCUCCCUCACAGGCCCAGGACUUCAGCACUUUGGGGUACAGAUCCAGUUUGCUCCACAAGAAAACAGGAAUGAGAGAGGAAAUGUCAUUAGGACGCCAGGAGGCCUUUGAAAUCUUCAAGAGGGACCACGCUGACAGCGUUACCAUCGAUGACAACAAGCAGAUUCUGAAACAGAGAUUUUCUGAAGCCAAGGCCCUGGGAGAAAGCAUAAAUGAAGCAAGAAGUAAAAUUGGUCACCUGAAGGAAGAAAUCACCCAGCGGCAUAUACAGCAAGUAGCUCUAGGAAUCUCGGAAAACAUGGCCAUGCCUCCCACGCCAGACCAGCAGGAGGAGAAGCUGCGAUCACAACUGGAGGAAGAAAAGAGAAGGUAUAAAACAAUGUUCACUCGCCUGAAAGCCCUGAAAGUGGAGAUCGAGCACUUGCAGCUGCUCAUGGACAAAGCCAAGGUGAAGCUACAGAAAGAGUUUGAAGUCUGGUGGGCAGAGGAGGCCACCAACUUGCAGGUAAAUUCUCCAGCAGUGAAUUCACUCGAUCACAAGAAGCCAUUUCUCCAGACAUCUGACUCCCAGCGUGAACUGUCCCAACUCCUCUCUAACAAAAGUUCUGGAGGCCGGGAAGUCCAAGGUCAAGGCGCUGGCAGAUUCGCUGCCUGUGAUGUGAAUGCCAGGAAAAUCCUGCCCUCACCUUGCCCCAGUCCACCCAGCCAGAAACAGACCAGCACCAGCACCAGCACCCCCUUGGAAGACAGCAUACCUGAGAGGCCAGUGUCGUCCAUCCCUCUCACCGGAGACAGCCAGACAGACUCGGACAUCCUGGCCUUCAUCAAGGCCAGACAGAGCAUUCUGCAAAGGAAAUGUUUGGGAAGCAAUUGAAUUUCCAGGAAGUAUCCAGCCAUGCACGAAUGAAGUACAGAUGAAGGCAACACCUCACUUGCUCUGGCUUCAGAAGUGGUCUGUGAGCUGCUGGGAGCAACUAGUGACUUGGAUUCCCAUGGAGUGGGCUGUGUUUCUUUAAGGAUACUGUCCAGGAGGGCUGAGGCUGACCAUGACAUCCUUCCUGUGGUUGCUGUAGCUGCUGGCAGGGCCGGGCAAUGCCAGAGUGCUAUGGGCAAGGUGAGGGCUUCAGCUCACUGUUGUAGUGAUGUUACAUGUAGGUCAUUAUAAACUUUUGAGAAUGUAAAAUAGCCCUGUCAUAAUAUGAUGUCAGGGAAGCUC